AUGACUCAAGGUGGUAAAAAAAAUUGUCCUUGUGGUACUCCAGGCUUCUGGAAUAAAAACUGGUUCAAUCAAGUUAUUCAAGUUCCUGGCUUAGUUGGUGAUACAUGUUUACUUUUGAAAGAUAAAUUAUCUACCAGUCAAAAAGAAAGUUGCACAAGGAUUCAAGCCCGUGCUUUUGACAACAUUACUAACAGAACUGGUGCUAAUUUACUUGAUAUCGCCUCUAUCGGUAUUUCCUUGGGUUUAUUGAAGGAAGAUGCUGAUUUACUCGAAGAUGCAUUAACUAAAUUUUAUAACGGUGUAUUUAUUAAUCCUGUAACUGCUGGUGAUGGUAUUCAAUCUGAUGGUUCUUUCAUGCAGCACGAUGGUUUGCUUUACAGUGGUAAUUACGGUAAAGAUUACAUCAAUGAAUUGGUCUCUGUUUUUGUUGAAACACAGGGUACAGCAUUGGUACCUUCCGCCGACGUACAAAAUGCCUUUAAAACCUUAUUAAGUGGUUCUGAGUGGAUGAUUAUUGCCGAUGCAAAGUUAAAUAAGCUUUUAUGGCAGUAUAGUGUCAUCGGUCGUAUGGUUUCGUUCAAGUAUUCUGAUAAGCAAGCUAGUGGAGGUGUUGCCAUUGAUUUCAAUAAGGUAGAGAAAACCUCUCAAGGAUGGGACACCGAAGAAUCUUUUGAUGCCAUUACUGACCGAUUGAAUGCUCCCCAUGUUGAUGAUGCUAACCAAGGUGAUCUUGUUGGAACUCGUUAUUUUUAUAAUGCCGAUUACAUGGUUCACCGUGCACCCAACUACAUUACAACCCUAAAAAUGUAUUCAAGUCGUACCAUCAACUCUGAAUGUCUCAAUGCUCAAAACCCCUUUGGUUUCCAUUUAAGUGACGGUGCUAUCUUUAACUAUUUGAGUGGUGAUGAAUACUUGGAUGCAUUCGGCACCUGGAAUUGGGAGCUUGUACCUGGUAUUACAGUUGAUAUUGGAGGAACCCCUUUAACUUGUCCUACCGUUAAAAAGAAGGGUGUGAAACCUUUUGUUGGCGGUGUUGCAGAUUACAAUACCGGUAUUGCUGUCAUGGAAUACGAAAAUCCCACAAACCACAAUCUGAAAUUUCAAAAGACAGCAUUUUUCUUCCCCAGCGCUUACGCUGUCCAAAUUGGUCCUAUCGAAUCCAAAAACUCGACCGCUCAAUUAGUCACUGUUCUUGAUCAACGCAAGCGAAACGGCGACAUUUAUGUUGCUGGUAAGCUCCGUAAUACAAAUACUACUUAUGCUACCGUUGCAUCAAAUAGUAUCUGGCAUGACAGCAUUGGUUACUACUUCCCUACUUCCGAAAUUCUUUACGUUGAUUCCAAGCCUAGAAAUGCUGACUGGUCUGCAUUCGGUAUUUCAGAAGGUACUGACGAGCAACAAUUAUGGACAUCUUACAUCAAGCAUUCUACAAAAUCUACCACCGGUCUUUUAACUCAGUAUGUUGUCCAGCCUAAUAUUCAGCAAUCCGAUUUCCAAAAUAAUGUUAGUGGUGGUACAAUUCCUAUCUCCCUGGCCUUUCACGCAAGUGAGCCCCAAGUAAAUGCAGCUUAUAGUGCUAUCGAUAAAGCUAUGGGUAUUGCCUUUUGGACAGCAGGCACUUAUGAGACCCCCUGGAACUCUAUUUCUGUUACAACAGAUAGCCCUUGUGUUAUUAUGUUAACUCAAACUGCUGACAACGUCUAUCAUUUGGUUACUUCAGACCCUUCCCAAUCAUUAACUGUCAUUAAGUUGGCUGUUAGAUUCGGCACCGUAAAGAAGACUCUUACUGUAGACUUACCUACAGGCUCGGAUUCAGGUAAAAAGGUUGGAAAAACUAUCACCCUUACUGCUUAA